AUGGCCAAGCUUGGUUUCAGAACUAUCAACGAGAUGGUUGGCCAUGCCGAAUGCUUGCGAGUUCGCGAGGACCUCCGCUCAAACAAGACCCAGAACAUUGACCUGUCUCUAAUCCUUACACCAGCACACAAGCUUAGACCCGGUGUUGCUACCUUCAACGUCCGAAAACAAGACCACCGUCUCUACGUUAGAUUGGACAACAAAUUGAUAUCCGAGGCCGAGUUGACCUUGGACAAGGGCUUGCCCUCACGGAUUGAGUGCGACAUUGUCAAUACGGAUCGUGCCAUGGGGACUUCUCUCUCGUACCAGGUUUCCAAGAGAUAUGGUGAAGAGGGGCUUCCAAUGGAUACCGUUCACGUCAACAUCAAGGGAUCCGCUGGGCAAUCAUUCGGAGCUUUCUGUGCGCCAGGUAUAACUUUGGAAUUGGAGGGUGAUGCCAAUGACUACGUUGGGAAGGGUCUUUCAGGUGGCCGUCUGAUCAUCUACCCGCCCCGUGCUGCUGUAUUCAAGGCGGAAGAGAACGUUCUUAUUGGCAACGUCUGCUUGUAUGGCGCUACUAGUGGAACUUGUUUCUUCCGCGGAGUGGCUGCAGAGCGAUUUGCUGUGAGAAACUCCGGCGCAACAGCCGUUGUCGAAGGUGUUGGAGACCACGGUUGUGAGUACAUGACUGGAGGACGUGUCCUCAUUUUGGGCAGUACCGGCCGAAACUUUGCUGCCGGUAUGUCUGGUGGAAUUGCCUACAUUCUCGACAUUCAGCAAGACUUCUUAUCCAAGCUCAACCCCGAAAUGGUUGAAGCUUCGGGCAUUGAUGAUCCCGCCGAAAUUGCCUUUGUCCGUGGCUUGAUCGAGGACCACCACCACUAUACUGGAUCCGAACUUGCUGCUCGUAUCCUUCUUGAUUUCAACCGAGCUCUGCCUCGCUUCGUCAAAGUCCUACCUGUUGACUACAAACGAGUGUUGGACGAAGAGGCAGCUAAAUUAGCCGAAGCUAAACGCUUGGAGUAUAAGCUCCCUCUUCUCCCUGGCAACCCCGUCCGUGAGCUCCAUGAAAAGAGCUCGAAGGAGAAGCACGAGAAGAAGUCGGACCUUCAAGAUAUCGAGGAGACUAUUGGUGAUUCUGCGGUUGAGAAGAAGCGCUCGUUGGUCUUGGACAAGACUAAGGGCUUUAUGAAAUACCAGCGCCGCUCCGAGAAAUACCGCUCCGCGAAGACCCGAACCCGCGAUUGGGCUGAGCUUUCGAAGAGACUCGAUGAAGAUGAACUGAAGUAUCAGGCUGCGCGCUGUAUGGACUGCGGUGUACCUUUCUGCCAAUCUGAUUCUGGCUGCCCAAUAUCCAAUAUCAUCCCCAAAUGGAACGAGCUUAUCUUCCAGAACCAAUGGAGAGAAGCCCUCAACCGCCUGCUAAUGACCAACAACUUCCCAGAGUUUACUGGACGUGUUUGCCCAGCUCCUUGCGAAGGUGCAUGCGUUCUCGGCAUCAAUGAGGACCCCGUUGGUAUCAAGUCAAUUGAGUGCGCAAUUAUUGAUCGGGGAUUUGACAUGGGUUGGAUGAUUCCCCAACCUCCAAAGGUUCGUACUGGGAAAACCGUGGCUGUUAUUGGCUCUGGACCUUCAGGUCUUGCUUGCGCCGAUCAGUUGAACAAAGCCGGUCACCAGGUGACCGUUUAUGAACGUGCCGAUCGGUGUGGUGGUCUUCUCAUGUAUGGAAUUCCCAACAUGAAGCUUGAUAAGAAGAUUGUCAAGCGGCGCACAGAUUUCAUGGCUGCCGAAGGAAUUGUUUUCAAGACUGGCGUCGCUGUCGGAGAAGAUGUGACCCUUGCAGGUCUCAAGGCUGAAAAUGAUGCUGUCGUUAUUGCUACUGGUGCUACAGUUGCUCGUGACCUUCCAAUCAAGAACCGCAACCUUGAAGGGAUUCAUUUCGCUAUGCAAUUCUUGCACCGAAACACGAAGUCGCUCCUUGACUCUGAACUUGCCGAUGGGGAGUAUAUUUCGGCCAAGGACAAGAACGUUGUUGUCAUUGGUGGUGGUGAUACUGGAAAUGAUUGCAUUGGGACCUCAGUUCGUCACGGUGCUAAGUCAGUCACGAACUUUGAGCUGCUGCCACAGCCUCCCAACGAUCGUGCUCGUGACAACCCAUGGCCUCAAUGGCCAAGAAUCUAUCGUGUCGACUAUGGUCACAGUGAGGUCAAGCAGCACAUGGGCAAGGAUCCUCGCGAGUUUUGUGUCAUGUCUGAAGAGUUCGUUGACGACGGGUCUGGAAAGGUCAAGGGCAUCAACACCAUCCGCGUGGAAUGGACCAAGUCUGCAACGGGCGGUUGGGACAUGAAAAAGGUUGAUGGUUCGCAGCAAUUCUUCCCAGCUGAGCUUGUACUCCUAUCUAUGGGUUUCCUUGGCCCGGAAGAUCGAGUGCUUGGUGACGAAAUUGAGAAAGAUGCUCGCAAGAACAUCAAGACGCCACCUGGAAAAUACCACACUAACGUUGAGGGCGUCUUCGCAGCCGGCGAUUGCCGUCGUGGCCAAUCGCUCAUUGUUUGGGGCAUUAACGAAGGCCGACAGUCAGCACGUGAGGUCGAUCUCUAUCUUGAAAAGUCCACCAGCCUCCCAGUCACUGGUGGCAUCGUGAAGCGUACUGCUCAGGAGAUCUUCGGCCGAGGCCUGGCCGGUGAGGUCAGUAUUCAGGUCACUGCUGCAGCGAACUGA